GACCCCGGGGUGCUGCUGUGCGUGGAGCGGAGCUGUGUGGGCUCGGGGAUGUGCCACAAACGGGGAAUUUUCCCAUAAAGGCGACCCCAAACUUUACAGACAUCACCCGGGAACGGCACCGCGGAGCCCACAUCCCGCAGAGACCCCAAACGGCGGGGAUGGGGGGCGGCCCCACGGCCGGCUAACGAGCGCCGCCGCGCUCAUUAAGCCUCGGGGCAGCAGCAGAUCUCCUCGUUAGCUGUGAUUAACGAGCUGCCGGCGGCCUUUCUCCUUGCAGCUCUGUUCGGAUCGCGCUCCCGCUCGGCGCGCUGCGCUGGCAGCGUCGCUGUGAGCAGCCCCAGGAGCUUCGCACGGCCGCGGGCCCACAAACGAUGCGCCUGAUGCGGAUCUUCGUGAACGACGACCGCCACGUGAUGGCGAAGCACAGCGCCGUGUACCCGACGCAGGAGGAGCUGGAGGCCGUGCAGAACAUGGUGUCGCACACCGAGCGCGCCCUCAAGGCCGUCUCCGACUGGAUCGACGAGCAGGAGAAGGUCGGUGGGGAGCAGGCGGAGGCAGAGGCCAUGGAGACGGCCGCGGAGGAGGAGAACAAGGAGGGAGGGGAUCAGAAGGCGGCGGAGCAGCUGACGCGGACCCUUCGCGGCGUGAUGCGCGUGGGGCUGGUGGCCAAAGGGCUGCUGCUGAAGGGGGACCUGGACCUGGAGCUGGUCCUGCUGUGCAAAGACAAACCCACCUCCGAGCUGCUGCAGAAGGUGGCCGACAAUCUGGGCGUGCAGCUGGCGGCCAUCACCGAGGACAAAUACGAGAUCAUCCAGGCGGUCGGCGACGCCGCCAUCGUCAUCAAGAACACGAAGGAGCCGCCGCUGACGCUGACCAUCCACCUGACGUCGCCGGUGGUGCGGGAGGAGAUGGAGAAGCAGCUCGCCGGAGAAACGCUAUCAGUCACCGACUCCCCGGACGUUCUGGACAGGCAGAAAUGCCUUGCUGCCUUGGCGUCACUGCGGCACGCCAAGUGGUUCCAGGCCAGGGCGAACGGCCUGAAGUCGUGCGUCAUCGUCAUACGCGUGUUGAGAGAUCUGUGUACCCGGGUUCCCACCUGGGCGCCGCUCCGAGGAUGGGUAAUGCUGCUUUGUGGCUCGCCGGGGUCCGAUCGGUGCAGUUCGGGGCGGCCCCCUCCGCUCCCCCCCUCCCCUUCGAGCCCCACCUGCGGCACAGGAGGGACGUGGGGCAGCCGGAGGUCCCCACGGCUCUGGGACCUUGCUUUCCAUGGGGAGAGAGACCUGUGGCUGAGCACCCAACAACGGGGGAACCCCCGCUCCCUCCAGGUGCUGCAGGAUAUGGGGUUACCCACCGGAGCGGAGGGCAAAGAAUCCGGCAAAGGCGAUGAGUCGGCGGAGGAGACGGAGCAGAAGCCGGUGGUGGUUCCUCCUCCUCCUGUUGUGGAAGCUGUUUCUACACCCAGCGCCGCUUCUCCUCCUUCGGAUCAGACCUCAGAGAACGUGAAGCAGCAGGGACCAAUCCUGACCAAGCACGGCAAGAACCCGGUAAUGGAGCUGAACGAGAAGCGGCGCGGGCUCAAAUAUGAGCUCAUCUCCGAGACGGGCGGCAGCCACGACAAACGCUUCGUCAUGGAGGUGGAGGUGGACGGGCAGAAGUUCCAAGGAGCCGGUUCCAAUAAGAAGGUGGCCAAAGCCUACGCCGCGCUGGCAGCGCUGGAGAAGCUCUUCCCCGAUGCUCCCGUUGCCAUUGAGCAGAACAAGAAGAAGAGAACCCCCCUGCCUGCCAGGGGAGGGCCCAAGUUUGCCGUGAAGCAGCACAACCCGGGUUUUGGGAUGGGGGGUCCCAUGCACAACGACGUCCCCCCACCGCCCAACAUGCGCGGCCGGGGCCGGGGCGGCAACAUGCGCGGCCGUGGGAGAGGCCGGGGCGGCUACGGGGGCAACCACGGCGGCUACAUGAACGCAGGCGGCGGCUACGGGAGCUACGGCUACGGGGGGAACUCGGCGACGGCGGGAUACAGUGACUUUUUCACAGACUGCUCCGGCUUUCAUGAUUUUGGGGCUCCAUAGACCAUCCCAAAGCGUUGCAAAAACACACAACCCCCCAACCAACUCAGCCCAACCCAACCCAACCCAAAAGACUUCCCCCCUCCCCCACCCCCCCUCCUCCCACCCCCCCACGUUUUCUCCAUCUCCAAACCCCAAAGUGUUGGUGCUGUUGUCCCCGUGGUGUCGCCGGCUGUCCCAGCAGCAGCUCUGCCCCACGGACCGGGCUCUGCUUCCAUCCGGCGUCAUUCGGCGUUUUAUUUUUGUGGGAAGAAAUCCUUUUAGCCUUUAAAAUCCAACGCCGGCAUCGCAAUGCAGACGCGACCCCCGGAGCGUUUUAACGAACCUUUGUCUUAAUUCCCAGCGGGUUUUGUAUCGAUUUGAGCCUUUUAAUAAAUCCCGGGCGUUGGG